AUGAUAAAUCUAAAGGGUAUGAAAUUCAUGAUCCCCUAUGGCCAUUGCCAAUUGGUUACUCCCUCCUCUUCCGCUUCCGCCUCCACCACCUUGGAAACUAGCUGCAUGCAGCCCAUCAACCUGGCCCAAGGGACCAACGUGCUGGGCCAGACCAGCUCACAGGGACAGUACACCCAGGUGCAGAUGGAGUUCAUGGGCCACACCAGCCGCUCCAUCAUUCGCAAUGUGAAGGGCCCUGUCUGUGAGGGAGACAUCCUAGAGUCGGAGUGUGAGGCCCACAGGUUGUGCUGA